CGCCGGCUGUGGGUGUGCGAGCGCAGGGGGCCGGGCGGUGCGGGCGCUGGGCGCUGAAAUGCGGUUGCGGUUGCCGAAGCUCCGGGCAGGUUUCAGGCGCGCGCGCUAGCUGGGCACAGCGAGGGGUGGCCAGGCGGCGGCAACAGUGUCAAGGUUUCCCUGGGUGGGCGCGCGAUGCAGCGGGCAGCGGCACUGGUCCGGCGGGGCUGCUGCCCACGGACUCCGGGCCCGUGGGGCCGUAGUCAGAGCAGCGCUGCCGCCGAGGCCUCGGCAGUGCUCAAGGUGCGGCCCGAGCGGAGCCGGCGCGAGCGCAUCCUUACGCUUGAGUCCAUGAACCCGCAAGUGAAGGCUGUGGAGUAUGCGGUGCGGGGACCCAUCGUGCUCAAGGCUGGCGAGAUCGAGCUCGAGCUGCAGCGGGGUAUCAAAAAACCAUUCACUGAGGUCAUCCGUGCCAACAUCGGGGACGCCCAGGCCAUGGGCCAGCAGCCAAUAACUUUUCUCCGACAGGUGAUGGCACUCUGCACCUACCCAAACCUGUUGGACAGCCCCAGCUUCCCAGAAGACGCUAAGAAGCGAGCCCGGCGGAUCCUACAGGCUUGUGGCGGGAACAGCCUGGGGUCUUACAGCGCCAGCCAGGGCGUCAAUUGCAUCCGUGAGGACGUGGCUGCCUACAUCACCAGGAGGGACGGCGGUGUGCCUGCAGACCCGGACAACAUUUACUUGACCACGGGAGCCAGCGAUGGCAUUUCUACAAUCCUGAAAAUCCUGGUUUCUGGAGGCGGCAAGUCACGGACCGGCGUGAUGAUCCCCAUCCCACAGUACCCCCUCUACUCGGCCGUCAUCUCCGAGCUCGAUGCCAUCCAGGUGAAUUAUUACCUGGACGAGGACAACUGCUGGGCCCUAAAUGUGAACGAGCUCCGGCGGGCCGUCCGGGAGGCCAAAGACCACUGUGACCCCAAGGUGCUGUGUAUCAUCAAUCCCGGGAACCCCACAGGUCAAGUACAAAGCAGAAAGUGCAUAGAAGAUGUGAUUCACUUUGCCUGGGAAGAGAAGCUCUUUCUCCUGGCUGAUGAGGUGUACCAGGACAACGUGUACUCUCCAGACUGCAGAUUCCACUCGUUUAAGAAGGUGCUUUACGAGAUGGGGCCCGAGUACUCCAGCAACGUGGAACUUGCAUCCUUCCACUCUACCUCCAAGGGCUACAUGGGCGAGUGUGGCUACAGAGGAGGCUACAUGGAGGUGAUCAACCUGCACCCUGAGAUCAAAGGCCAGCUGGUGAAGCUGCUGUCCGUGCGCCUGUGCCCGCCGGUGUCCGGGCAGGCUGCCAUGGACAUCGUCGUGAACCCCCCCGUGCCUGGAGAGGAGUCCUUCGAGCAGUUCCACAGGGAGAAAGAGUCUGUCCUGGGUAAUCUGGCCAAAAAGGCUAAGCUGACAGAAGACCUGUUUAACCAAGUCCCCGGAAUUCACUGCAACCCCUUGCAGGGAGCUAUGUAUGCCUUUCCUCGGAUCUUCAUCCCCAGCAAGGCCGUGGAAGCAGCUCAGGCCCAUAAGAUGGCCCCUGACAUGUUUUACUGCAUGAAGCUCCUCGAGGAGACGGGCAUCUGCGUCGUACCCGGCAGCGGCUUCGGCCAGAGGGAAGGCACCUACCACUUCAGAAUGACCAUCCUCCCUCCCGUGGAGAAGCUGAAGACAGUUCUACAGAAGGUGAAGGACUUCCACAUAAAGUUCCUGGAGAAGUACGCAUGAGGACUGCUGGGCCCAAAGGGAGACCUGUUUGUCAGGCCUUCCUCCUGAUGUCCGCCCACGCCAGACUGAACUUGCCUUCCCCAGCGACUCUGCCUCAGGCCUCACAAGGUCACUGGUCGCUUUCGUUGUCAUUUUGCCCCAAGAGACUUCUUUCUUUGUGCCUUGAUGUUGGGAGCGCUUCUCUUCUGAGCAAUGUGAUUGGGUCUAUCUCAGAAGUCCUGUUUUUUUGAAGCAACCAAAGUAGAGAGGACUUGCUCAGCACAUGUGGCCAGCGUUCUCUGAAUCUGUUGUUGUUGCUUUUGGAAAGGUCCUUUGGGGUUUAAAACAACCAGGGUAUGUUGGGUGAGAGAUGUUUCAGAUCUGAAGAAACAAGAAGGUGUUGGGAAAUGUAUGACAAUCGUGGCGAAGACUGGAAAUCCUAAACUCACCACCAUGAUCUGUGAAAUAAAACCCUUAGCGGUGUGAAAAUCUAGUUCUUCAAACAGGAGAGCCUUGAAGUCCACUGGAGGCUCAGAAAGGGCCCACCAUUCUGGCCUGCGGGCAGAUGGCCUGUGUCUCAGACAAGAAUGGUGAAGGCCGUGGGGGCUGAACCGGAUCCCAGACUAGCUUGUCACAGGUACUGGGGGCUACGGCCAAGGUCGAAGGGUCCUGCAGGGGAAGAGUGGGUGCGAGCCAGGCUCCAAGUGGAACCAGGUCUCCAGCUGGGAGCGUGCAGCACGUAGUGAGGACUCUGCACGUAGAGCAGUAGGUAGGGAGGGCUUUGGGGUGAAGCAUUCUCUUGCGCAUGCUUAGGCUGGGACCCCGUCUGAGAGGACUCCCUGGACUUCAGGGACGCAGGCUACAGCCCAGCAAUAUCCCCGUGAUGUGGCGGAAGUCUGCUUGCUCGUGCUGCUGCAUCCUGCUGUUGGCCAACAACGGCCUCUACUGAGGGCUCCGUUGAGCCUUUACAGACAUCGCCCCCUGGCGACCGCAGGGACAAGGAAACACUGAAGACGUCCGGGUGAGGGAGGGGCAUCCUCUAGGACUUGACCACAGUCAAGCCCUUGCCACCAGUCCCCUCCGGUA